UGCCAUCAAAUAAUUGCUGAUGAUUUCACAGCUACAGACAGAUGAAGAUCCUCAGCACCCUCAGGAACUCCAGCACCGUCACUGGCUUCAUCCUCCUGGGCUUCCCUGGCCCCUGGGAGGAACAGAUCCUCCUCUUUGUGCUCUUCUCUGCUGUCUACCUCCUGACCCUCAUGGGCAACGGUUCUAUCAUCUGCGCUGUAUGCUGUGACCAGAGACUCCACACCCCCAUGUACAUCCUGCUUGCCAACUUCUCCUUCCUGGAGAUCUGCUAUGUCACCUCCACGGUCCCUAACAUGUUGGCCAACUUCCUCUCUGACACCAAGGCCAUCUCCUUCUCUGGCUGCUUCCUGCAGUUCUAUUUUUUCUUCUCCUUGGGUUCUACAGAAUGCUUUCUCCUGGCAGUUAUGGCAUUUGAUCGGUGCCUUGCCAUCUGCCGGCCCCUUCACUACCCAACACUUAUGACCGGGCAUCUCUGCAACAUUCUUGUGGGCAGCUGCUGGGCACUUGGCUUCCUCUGGUUCCUGAUUCCUAUAACUGUCAUUUCCCAGAUGUCCUUCUGUCGACCUAGGAUUAUUGACCAUUUCCUGUGUGACCCAGGUCCUCUGCUAACCCUCACCUGUACCAGGGACCCUGUGAUAGAACUGACUAGCUCCACGUUAAGUUCUCUACUUUUAUUUAUUCCUUUUCUCUUCAUCAUGGUGUCAUAUGCUCUGGUCCUCAAAGCUGUGCUGAGGGUUCCUUCGGCAGCUGGACGAAAAAAGGCUUUCUCCACUUGUGGCUCCCACCUGGCUGUGGUGUCCCUUUUCUAUGGCUCAGUGAUGGUCAUGUAUGUGAGCCCAACAUCGGAGUACGAAGCUGGAAUGCAAAAGAUUGUGACUCUGUUUUAUUCUGUGGUGACUCCACUCAUUAACCCUGUAAUAUACAGUCUGAGGAACAAAGACAUGAAACAAGCGAUGAAGAAAAUAUGCCAAGUCUGUUGUUAA